UUCAAUGGCAGCUAUUUCGUAGAUGUCACUCGUUCGGUCUUUCAUUACGACGUUUUACUAUCAUGGCGGCUGCCGUCGGUAGAAUUUGUGGGGCACGACUUUUCAGAAAUACUGGCAUAGUUGGCCCCCAGGUGUGUCAACUGUCCACCAGUUCUCAGGGAUGGACUAGGAAUAGAAAAUUGUUGCUCUCCACAUUGGGAGUUGUAGGAGGAGGGGUAGGAGCCCUACUCUUUGCUCUAGAACAGUCGGUGCAGGCUUCAGGCAGUGAAGCACAUCCCCCUCAUCAGCCAUGGAGUCAUGACGGAUGGUUCCAGUCACUGGAUCAUGCCAGUGUUCGACGCGGAUAUGAGGUGUACAAACAAGUGUGCAGGGCGUGUCACUCGCUGCAGUACAUCGCUUUCCGAAACCUCGUGAAUGUUACCCACACCGAGGCUGAAGCUAAGGCCGAAGCAGCUGAGGUGAUGAUCAAAGAUGGUCCAGAUGAAGAAGGAAACUACUUCGAGAGGCCGGGCAAACUAUCGGACUACUUCCCGUCACCAUACCCUAAUGAAAAUGCUGCUAGGGCAGCAAACAAUGGUGCUUAUCCUCCGGAUCUAUCGUUGAUCGUCUCCGGUCGCAAAGGCGGCGAGGACUACAUAUUCUCGCUGCUGACCGGCUACAUGGAGGCGCCGGCCGGCAUCGUGCUGCGCGACGGACAGCACUACAACCCUUACUUCCCGGGCGGGGCCAUUUCCAUGGCGCAAUCACUGUUCGACGAGGCUGCCGAAUACAGCGACGGCACCCCUCCUACCGCCUCCCAACUAGCCAAGGACGUGGCCACUUUCCUACGGUGGUGUUCGGAACCGGAACUCGACGACCGACGAUUGAUGACCAUCAAGGCGAUCGGCAUGUUCUCUAUGCUCGCCGCAGUCGCCUACUACUUCAAACGGCACAAGUGGUCCACGAUGAAGUCCAGAAAACUAGCCUACAAACCCGUCUCUAAGAAAUAAACGCGCCGCCGCCAUCAAAAAUUUGUAGAAUAAACAGAAGUUUUAGACACGUUUUUUUUUCGAUAGGCACAGUAUGUUAUUUGUUUAUAAUUAAAUUAAUUUAUUUUAUACACAACGCGUUUACUUCUGACCUUCUUGUUGAAAACUCUGGAAUCGUGUUAACUGUCACCGUCACACAUAUACAUACUAUAAAGCUCAGUGCCCCUUCGACUGACAGUGGCGGCGUAUGAAUAUAAUUUACUGUUAAUGUAUUUACUGAUAAUAGCGCAAUUGUUGGCUUUGUGCGGCUGAUAUAAUGCACGGUCAAAUUAAUAACUUAGGUGAUUUAACGUUAACUGUGCUUGUGAUGUUCCAUGAAAGAUAAAAUGUGAAUCAGUGUACAGUUGAAUAAAUGAGUUACGAAU